UCCAUCCAUCCAUUCAUCGCGCCCUCCCGCGUCUCCUUCAGUCCGCUCCUGUGCGCCGCCGAAUCGGCUGAUCGCGUCGCCCGCUGCCCUUGCUUCCUCCUCGGCUUUGUUCACUGGGGAACACCGCUGGUCUUGACUGUGUCUGGAGAACCUUUAGAGAGAAGAUGAGUCCCGGGUCCUGGAGCUGGUUCUGGCUCUGGUCGUGCGUGCUGAGCCUGAGUGUUUUGAGCCGGGCUCUGGAGCUGGAGGAGCUGUUUGAGUACGGAGAAGAAGCCGGAGACCAGCAGCUGCUGCCCGGCUCGGACUCCACCGCGGAGCUGCCUCUGGUCGGAACUCUGUACUUCUUCAGCGAAAGCUUCGACAAAGUUUAUAUUAACACUAAUGGAUUUGUGGCUGUCGCCGACCCUCCAACUGAGGAGCAGUACCUGGGGAAGAUGCCCACUAGUUUCAAAAUGAUUGUAGCCCUGAUGGGAGACCUGGACAACAGUGAUGGACAGGGGAAGGUCUACUUCAGGCAGGACAGCAGCCCGGACGUGCUGAGUAGAGCCGCCAAGCACAUCAGACAAGCUUUCCCCAGAGACGAUGGAGUGGAGCCCAAAAACACCUUCAUCGUCACCUGGGAGAACAUGGCUGCUCGGGGGACCUCUGGACGAGGAGACAGACUAGACACCAAGAGAAACACUUUCCAGCUCGUUGUAGCCUCCAUGGACUCGUCCUCGUGUGCAAUCCUCUUGUACCCCAGAGACGGCCUACAGUUUUUCUCCACGUCUGUAGGGGGAGAGACUAAGCUCCUAGAGGGUGGCUUCAAUGAAGGCAUUGUAGAAGGCUGGUUUUGGAGCAGCAAACAGGGGACACACUUCCGCACCACCACAGAUGAAGAGACCUCCGUCAGGGAACUUACUGAAAAGACAAACUCAGGACGGAGUGGAGUUUGGGUGUACGAGAUUGGCGCUUCACCAUUUUUUCCUGCGAUUACACCAGGAAUGGUCUCUGACCUACAUGACAAGGAGGCUGCCACUGAACCUCCUGUGACCAUGUUGCCAAGGCAACCCGAUGAGCAACAGGAGGUGGACUUCCCAACCUAUGCACCUCUGUUCCCAACUGAGACUCCUGCUGAGUACCAACCAAGUUACCCAGAAGCCGAGACCAUCACACCAACGUAUGCUGAACCAGAAACUCAAGAACCGGAUGAAGAAGAACUGGGACAAUUUGAGCCAGAAUAUCCGGAAUAUGAGAUUGUCACACCAACGUACACUGAGAGUGCUCAACCAAGGUACACAUCUGAGCCGAGAUACCCUGACCAAACAAUGACCCCGUACCCCGACUCUGAGCCUCUGCAACCAAGAUAUACUACCCCUGAAACCACCGAGCCAAGAUACAUUCCACUUGAGCCGAGGUACCCUGACCCUGAUCCAGUACAACCACAGUACACCAACCCUGAACCAGUCCAACCAGUGCCACCCCAUUCCCGGCCCCACCAACCACAAGUUGUUGUGGUAGAUGAAGACGAAGACCUCAAUGUGGAUGUAUUUGCGUACAAUACGGAGACAUGUGCCCACAAUAGGCACAAAUGCUCUGCUUUCGCUGACUGCCGGGAUUACAGCAACGGGUACUGCUGCCAUUGUAGGCCUGGUUUCUAUGGAAACGGGAAGGACUGUGUUGCCGAAGGAAAACCACAGAGAAUGAACGGAAAGGUGAAUGGUCGAGUGUUCGUUGGGAACUCCCCUUCACCUGUGGAACUCGGUAACCACGACUUGCACUCGUACGUGGUAGCCAAUGACGGACGGGCCUAUGUAGCCAUCAGCAACAUCCCCGACAGCCUGGGCCCAUCCCUGCAGCCAUUGUCCUCCCUGGGAGGAAUCAUCGGCUGGGCCUUUGCUCUGGAGCAGCCUGGCUAUCAGAAUGGCUUCAGUCUCAUUGGUGGUGUGUUUUCCCGGCAGGCUGAGGUGAUCUUCCAGCCCGGUAAUGAGCGUCUAAACAUCAGGCAGCAGUUUAAAGGAAUUGACGAACACGACCACCUGGUGGUGAGCACUGAGCUGGAAGGACGUCUGCCAGCUGUACUACUUGGAUCCUCCGUCCAGAUCAACCCAUACAAGGAGAUCUAUCAAUACGACAGAAAUCUGAUUACUUCUUCCUCCAACCGCGACUACACCGUCACCACCCCUGAAGGCAAUGUCGAGAGCAGAACUUACCAAUGGCGUCAGACAGUCACCUUCCAGAGCUGCAAACAUGACGAGGCCACCAGUGCAGCGCCAUCCACCCAGCAGCUCAGUGUGGACCAGAUCUUUGUGAUGUUCGAUGCUGACAACCAUCUGAUCCGCUACGCCAUGAGCAAUAAGAUCGGCUCAGUCCACACCAGCCUUCCAGAGCAGAAUCCAUGCUUCACCGGCAGACACGGCUGUGACAUCAACGCUAUGUGCAGACCAGGUGAAGGCCUCCAGUUCACCUGUGAAUGUUCAAAUGGUUUCACUGGAGACGGACGAUACUGCCACGAUACUGACGAGUGCAGGGAGACUCCUCAGGUCUGUGGACCCAACACCUUCUGCAGUAAUCAGCCUGGAACUUUCCGCUGUGAGUGUUUAAGUGGCUUUGUGUUCGCCAGCGAUGGAAAGACCUGCAUUGAGGAGAACCGUCCGGUGGACCACUGUCAGAGAGGAAGUCAUGACUGUGAUGUUCCUGAACGUGCUCUCUGCAGCUACACCGGGGGCUCAGCCUACGUCUGCUCCUGUCUGCCAGGAUUUGAGGGUGAUGGCCGGGUGUGUCAAGACGUAGACGAGUGUCAACAGGACCGAUGUCACCGUGAUGCCAUCUGCUCCAACACACAGGGCUCCUACACCUGCCAGUGCCGUUCUGGUUUCCACGGUGACGGCUUCCAGUGCAGCCCGACAUCCUCAGAGCGAGAGAAGACCCAGUGUGAGCGCCACAGAGAGAGCGCCCAGGCUGCCACCUCCAGCUCCAGCAUCUUCUCUUUCUUCCGUCCUCGGCCAGCUGUGGGUAACUACGUCCCACAGUGCGACGAACACGGAGCCUAUGAGCCCACACAGUGCCACACUAGCAUCAGUCAGUGCUGGUGUGUCGACGCCAAUGGUCAGGAGAUCCCCAACACCCGCACUGGACCUGGCAGCACCCCUCUGUGUAUCAACCAGGUAGUGACUCCCCCACCGGUGGGUCCAACUCCACGGCCUGAUGUUCACCCCAUCGCUCCAGGAACUCACCUGCUGUUCGCUCAGAGCGGGAAGAUCGAGCACAUCCCGCUGGACGGAUACAACAUGAAAACAGAGGAGGCGAAACCUCUGCUGCACAUCCCUGACCGGGUGGUGAUCGCUGUGGCUUAUGACUGUGUGGAGAAGAUGGUUUACUGGACUGACAUUACCGGGCCGGCUAUCAGCAGGGCCAGUAUGAGUGGAGGAGACAUCAACCCAGUCAUCACUACAGAUCUCCAGAGUCCUGAAGGCAUCGCCAUUGACCAUGUGGCUCGUCUCCUCUUCUGGACCGACUCUAUGCGUGACACUGUGGAGGUUUCCAAGCUGGACGGCAGCCAGCGCAGAGUCCUGUUUGACACCGAUCUGAUCAACCCCCGACCCAUCGUCACCAACCCGGCAUACGGGCGGCUGUACUGGGCAGACUGGAAUAGAGACGGGCCUAAAAUUGAGAUGUCCAACAUGGACGGGACGGAUCGGACUGUGCUGGUGAAAGACGACCUGGGACUUCCCAACGGUCUGACCUUUGACCUUGACAACCAGCAGCUGUGUUGGGCGGACGCAGGUACUCGUAAGGUGGAGUGUAUGGAUCCUCACCGUAGGCUGAGGAGGCAGAUCGUUGAAGGGAUCCAGUAUCCGUUUGGUCUCGUCUCCUUUGGAAGAAACCUUUACUACACCGACUGGAGGAGAGAGGCGGUGGUCGCUGUGGACCGUCAAUCAGAGAAAGAGACAGAAGAGUUUCUGCCGCAGAAACGCUCUCGGCUGUACGGCAUCACCACGACACCCACGCAAUGUCCACAAGCCUAUAACUACUGCGCCAACAACGCCGGCUGCUCUCACCUGUGUCUGCCGCGGCUCGGCGGGUUCACCUGCCGCUGCCCGGACAACGCCGUCCCCGGCCAGUGUGAGGAGAGGAACCUGUGAGGAGCUGCUGCUGCUGGGAGAGAAAAAAAACAAAACACACUUAACUGAAUUUUGGUGUUUUCUACUUUUCUUACUUGAAUUGAAUUUCUACGAUCAUUUUAGAGUUUUAUGUGGUUUUGGCUGUUCAGACCUCACUGUAUUUAUGAUGCCACACUUCAGGUCCACCGGUGAGAUUAUUAACUUCCUUUCUCAAACUGUUGAAUUCAGAUGUAGUUUCUGGUAUACUUGUACUCUGGUUGAAAAGUGAGGAAACAGUGACAGUAAUUGACAUACAGGGAUUUUAUAAAGACGGCAGGUAAACUAUAAACACUUUGACCAGUGAUAAUUAUUUGAAAAAGGUACCAAACGUUGUGUUUUUAUUGUAUUUUAAACUCUGCAGAUGUGGUCUAAUAGACAACUGUGUAAAACAAUCAGAUUUAAUUCUUUUGUAAUGAUCAAAUACCUGAGGGAAGGAUUCCCAAGGGCCUUGAAAACCCUUGAAAAUGUCUGACAUUUUGAAAAAAAAAGCCUUAAAAGGUUUCUGACAAUGAUUUAAACUUUAUCAAUAUCAAUCAAAAUUUAAAAUUUGUUUCGGUUUAAAAUCUUCUUUUCGCCUGAACUUAAAUCAUCAGAAGUUCCUGGUUAGCCAUUGUGAGCUUCUGAGGCAGCUCCUCAUAUUUAAUCAAAUCUGAAUCGUUCAUAACAACUGCUCAGUGUGUCAAAGAGUUACAGCAGUUUGACAGAAAAGAAAUCACAGCUACAAGACAGUUCCAGGGAAGCAAAUGUCUCAUUAUUGAGUUGCUCCAAAUGUAUUUGUGAAGAUGAUGAAAUUUAAAGGAAGAAACUACAAACAAAUUGAAAAUGGUGGAAAAAUCUGUAUUAACAGACUGAUCUUAACCAACAAUUUGGUUCACAGUUCAAGAUAUUUGAGACCAAAGAGAGUAGGUGGUGGCUAUUUGAUGACAAAAUCAUUCAGCCUUUUGUCCUCUAAACAGACAAUCAAUAGCACUGAGAACUACUUGGCUUCUUUAGGCUAUCGCUGCACUCCAUCAAAUCUUCUAUUAGUUUCAACACAUUAACCAGAAAGAUACUAAUCGAAUUCAUGAUCUAGUGCAAUGGGUCCUACAGGAAACACAGGAGGAGAUGUCUGCCUUUAAAUGACGGUAAAAGUUGAUUUUGAAUGCUGCCUUAAUGACUGACUGAGAAAUACAGUUUUUAGAGAUAUUAGUGAAGAUAAAUAAGGGCUGAAAAAAGUAUAAUCAGACUAGAUUACAGUUUUUCAGUGGUAGAAUCUGAUUAUUCCAUAUUUUAGUAAUCCUCUAUGAUAAAAUUUGAUUUUUUUUCUCCCCCCCAAAACUGACACAUGGAGUUUUGGACCACUAACUAUGAGCCAGUGACUGAUCCUGGGGGGUGUGAAACUUUAAUAAGAGCUUAAUAACUUACAAGAUUUAUUCUGUUGUUUGUGUUAAGACUCACAUUGUAUUUUUUAUAUGAACUUGUAAAUAGUUACCUGAUAUUCUCUGAUUUUUUUUUUUUUAAUGGUGCCUGAGAUCUGCCUGAUGACGAUGAUGGUGGUGUGUGCAGGUUGUGUUUGUUGGGUUGUUGCACCUGUAUGAACUUCUCAUGUAAACAUUGUUUUUAUAAUGAAGACUUGUGCAGUGACUAUAAGUUCCAGUCGUUGUUAAAGGUGUUUUUAUCAGAAAUAAAAGUAAAGAAAGAAACAACUGUUUUUCUAAAACAAAAAAAACUCAUGUCAUGUUU